AUGGCGUCUGAAUGCCUAGGUAAAAACUCAUGGCCGGAACUUGUUGGGAAAAAUGGAGAUGAGGCAGUGGAAACCAUAAAAAGAGAAAAUCCAAAUGUCUUGGAAGCCAUCGUGUUGUUGGAAGGAACUUCAGUGAUCAAGAAUUUUAGCUGCAACAGGGUUUGGGUUUAG